AUGGCCGAGAUGCUGCAUGAACUGGAGACCAGAGUUGCUGAAAAGAUCAAUGCAGUGGAUGCAGAAGUACAACAACUAGGCCACAGAGUCCACGCGACCCUGCACUGGAGUCCAAGAGCUGCUGUACAGGCAAAAUUAAGUUUUACUAUACUUUCAUAG